ACUUGCGUUGGUGCUCUACGGGACCCGCUCACCAGUCUGAUGACUCUGCCGGCAACUAACUUGCAUCAGGUAGCACUGCGCUUAAUCUUGAUACCAGUGUAUUCUCCGAUGAAGCCUCUAUGUUCCAUGGAGCUAACUCUUUAGCUUGUAUAAGUAUCCAGCCCUUUUCGGUGUUGCGUCUGUCCUGGCCCUGCAUCGCCUUUACUACAGCUGCCCAAUUCGUAUCAGGAUUCUUACAAGCCUGCCUUGGGUUUACUUUCUGUCAACCGAGAUCUGCGUCCCCAUCACAUUCCAUCUGCCUUGGUUCUGCGUCUUUCCCGUUACUCCCAAGUCCCUCAAGACACCCUUAUAAUAAGUGGCUGCUGCUCGUGUGCUAAGCAGACCCUCGGCUUAGACUUUUACAAACAGAGGCCUGAUCCUAGUCGUUGCUACUCAGGUACACUCGCUUGUUUUCAAGGCACUAUGGCUCAAGCACGACCCAGCUCCUGGCAAGAGAAGCUUAGGGGUCACUGUCAACAGUUGGGCUAUCGUCCUCCUGUUUGGAAUGAGGUUUCUGACCGUCGAGGUGGACGCACGGCUUGGUCAAGCGUUGUGACAGUCCAGGGCGAACCCAUUCCAGCACGCUACUGGUACGAUGGCCAAUAUGUCGAGAACGCACGAGAAGACGCAGCUGAAGUUGCUCUACAACGGCUUGGAGCAACAAACGGACCACUGUCUCCAGAGCAAAGACUGUACGGCGGCUUGAGUCCCGGGGGCUCAGAAACCUAAUUCUGGCUCGACGAGCUCGGCAUCACCACGAUAUGAUGACCUGGACAAACAACAAUUGAGGAAGGGAGCGAUGGCGUAUGGCGAAAAAGAUCUAGGGAUGAUGGUGCUAUCUGGUUGUUUGCGUGUGUGCUACUUUCCACCGUGCAUAUGCAUGUGGACGAGGUCGCACAACAUUAUGAUUUCCCUUUACGUUUUUUGUUCUUCUUCAUUGUGCACUCACGGCUGCUUGCUAUCAUAUUGUUCUACAACUGUAGGGCUGGUAGUGCGGCGUCCGAGGCCACAAAGACUAAGUCGUUGGGGACCUGGUACAUUGGAUGACUGAACAGAGAAUUUUUUUUGGCUUCUUUAUGUCUUUCUUACUAUGCGAACUGCGUUGAAAGGAAACGGGAGACUUGAGGGCACUUUAAAUGUACGAUGGAGACGUGUAAAA